AUGGAUAUUGGAAGAGAUUAUGACCUGCAAUCCGAAUACCCAUUUCGACUCAACUUUUACUUGAAACCACCACCAUCUGAAAUUACUAUUGAAGAAUUGGAGGAAUAUGCACUCGAUCGACUUCAAGUAUUAAGAUGUAUCGAAAGGACGUUGAUAAGUGGAAAGGACCUCAAAAUAGAAUUACAAAAGGCUAUAGACAAAUAUUUGCCUUUAAAGAGCAACGCUUCGAAAGCAGACAGCCUUUAUGAAGAAAGAAGAAAGGAUCACAUCAGUCACUUUAUGCUACGAAUGGCUUAUUGUCGAAGUGAGGAUUUGAAGAAUUGGUUUGUGAGACAAGAGACAACACUAUUCAAGUUUAGAUUUGAUCAGGAAUCAAUGGAGGAGAAGAAAGCAUUUUUACAGCAACUCAACUUGAAUUGGAAAAUGUUAAGCAUAGAAGAAAAAGAGAGUAUGCGUCAAGAAUUGGAGGCAUGUUGCUUUAGUUUACUGCGCUCUAGAUCAGACAAUGUCUCUAUGCCAGUUGUCGAACAAUUUGUAAAUAGCGAAACAUUUUUCGAAGUGGAUUUUGAAAAGGUGCCCAACAUGGUAGGAAGUCGAUUAGUCUAUUUGAAGGGUGGCAAGGCAUAUGUGCCGAUGAGCGAGCAGGUGAACAUUGUGUUGAAUGAGUAUCGAGAAUUUUUAUAUAAAUCGUUGGAAGCUACGGCUAGUCUGCUACCGCGAAUGGAGGAAGAUGGUCGACUGAAACCGUUUUUAUUAAACAUGGAGAAACAAUAUAUUGGUAAAAGUUAUAAUAAUUAUGACCCCAACCAUUCGGGUACAGUUACUGCAAAUGAAGUUGAUUCGGUAAGAUUACAACAUGCACCUUUGUGUAUGCGUCAUUUGCAUGAUGGUCUGAGAGCAAGCAAGCAUCUUCGACACCAUGGUAGAUUACAGUAUGGGCUGUUCCUGAAAGGUAUUGGAUUAUCUGUGGAGGAAGCACUUAAUUUUUGGAGAAGAGCAUUUUCAGACACAACAGAUGAUAAAUUCCAAAAGAAUUAUGCAUAUAACAUUCGACAUAGCUAUGGUCUUGAAGGUAGACGAUUGAACUAUUCUCCAUACAGCUGCUCAAAAAUCAUAAACGAGCAAGCACCAAGCGCAGGAGAAUUCCAUGGAUGUCCAUUCAAGCAUUCAUCACAAAAGAGCUUGGAGGCAAAACUGUACAAAGAUCAGAUCAGCAAAGGUCAUGUGGAUGAAAUACUGAGACUUGCGGGCGACAAGCAUUAUCAAUUAGCAUGUACACGAUAUUUCGAAGUGAUGCAUCCAGGAAUCAAAGAAAAAAUAGAUCCCAUUGAGCAUCCAAAUCAGUAUUAUGAACUCAGCAAGAAAUUGGCGGAUGGCGACAUAAAGGAAGAUGCCAUGAAUAUAGACGGCUGA